AUGAAGAAACAUUAUGUUAAAACAGAAAAAGGUACUGAUAAAUCCAUUAUUAAAAGUAAUGAUAAUAAUGAAAACGAUACCAAAAAAAUAAAGUUGAAAAGAUAUCGUUCAAUUGAUUUUGAAAAGAAAGAUGAACAUAAAAAAGAAAUAAAACUUGUUCAAUGGAGUGAACAUGAAACUAUCUUAAUAGGAAGAUAUAUUAAAUCUAAAGGUGAAAAAAAUGAAGCAAGAUCAAAAAUUGCAGCUUUUGAUUUGGAUUAUACAUUGAUACAAGUUAAAGGUAGUCAUAAAUAUGCCAAAGAUGAAUACGAUUGGAAGUGGUGGAAAGAAUCAUUAAAUAUUUCAUUUGAUAUUUAUGCUGCUACUGGUAAAGACAUUUACCGUAAACCAAGGAUUGGAAUAUGGAAAUAUUUUAUUGAGACUGAAAACAAUGAUUUAAUAGAUUUAGAAAACAGUUUUUAUGUUGGUGAUGCAGCAGGCAGAAUUAGAAAUUGGAAGGCCAAUGCACCUUGUGAUUGUAAAUUUGCUGAAAAUAUUGGAAUAAAAUUUUAUACUCCUGAAGAAUUUUUUGAUAAUGCUCAGCCUGCAAAAUAUUCUUAUGGUGAUUUUAAUCCAAAGAGUAUUCCAACAAUGGAUGAAAAUGAUGAUGUUAUGCUAUUUUCUCCUAGUGAUAAACCUUUGAUUUCAUCAAGUAAUCAAUGUGAAAUUAUAAUAAAUGUUGGGCUUCCUGCAUCUGGAAAAACAACAUUUACAAAAAAAUGGUUAAUCAGCAAAAAUAAUUAUAUUCAUGUUAAUCAGGAUAUAUUAAAAACAAAAGCUAAAUGUAUCAAGGCUUCUAAAAAAUACAAUGUCCCAAUUAGAUGUUUUUGGUUUCAAGCAUCUGAAGCUUUAUCAAAACAUAAUAACAUUUAUAGAGCAUUAAAUAGCAAUAAUAAGAUUAAAUUAAUACCUGAAGUUGCAUAUCAAUCUUACAAAUCAAGAUUUAUUGAACCAAAAAUUGAAGAAGGUUUUCAAGAAAUAAGAUAUAUGAAUUUUGUUUUUGAUGGGACUGAACAAGAAAAGAAAAUUUGGCAAAUGUG